AUGACUCCCGCAGACGAGAAGGAGACUGCCGACGAGGACUGGAAAGUGCUGGAACGAGACUGGUACAUGCAGGAUGAAUUUGGUGCGCAUGCGUUUGGCGAUGAGACGCACAACCCGUUUGCGUCGUACGAGACGUCCACCGCAGAGGCGCUUCAGCUCGAGUCUGCCCGAGCCGAAAAGAUGACCAGCCGAUACGACGCGCGACAAGAACAGCGGCGCAAAGACAACGACGCCUGGGAAACGAACCGAAUGCUCGUAUCUGGCGUUGCCCAACGUCGCGACAUGGCUUCAGACUUUGACGACCAAGAGGCGACCCGUGUGCAUCUGCUAGUCCACGAGCUGCGGCCGCCGUUCCUGGACGGUCGCACCAUCUUUACCAAACAGCUCGACCCGGUACCGGCCGUCCGCGACUAUCAGAGUGACAUGGCCGUGUUCAGUCGCAAGGGAAGCAAGGCGGUCAAGGAGGCGAGACAGCAGCGCGAGCGACAGAAACAGGCCCAGCAGGCGACGAGUCUGGCGGGCACCGCCCUCGGAAACAUUAUGGGCGCCAAAGAAGAUGAGGGUGACAGCGCGCUCCCUGCACCGGUAGAGGCGGAUGCGGACAGCGCUGAACGCAAGGGGAACAAGUUUAGCACGCACAUGAAAAAGGCCGAGGGCGCGAGCGAUUUCAGCCGGAGCAAAUCGUUGCGAGAGCAGCGCGAAUACCUACCGGCCUUUGCAGUGCGCGAGGAAUUGCUGCGUGUGAUUCGAGAGAACCAAGUCACCAUUGUGAUAGGAGAAACCGGUUCGGGAAAGACGACACAGCUCACGCAGUUUCUAUACGAGGAUGGCUAUGCCAAGACGGGCAUGAUUGCUUGCACGCAGCCGCGUCGUGUUGCGGCGAUGAGUGUCGCCAAGCGUGUAGCCGAAGAGAUGGAUGUAGAGCUAGGAACGACUGUUGGUUAUUCCAUCCGUUUCGAGGAUGUGACGAGCAAGGAUACCGAAAUCAAGUACAUGACGGAGGGUAUCCUUCUUCAGCACUCUCUGACCGAGCCCGAUCUGGACCGAUACUCGUGCAUCAUCAUGGACGAGGCUCACGAGCGUGCUCUCAACACGGAUAUUCUGUUUGGUCUGUUCAAAAAGAUUCUGUCGCGCCGGCGCGACUUGAAGCUGAUUGUCACCUCUGCCACAAUGAACUCGAAGCGCUUUUCCGAAUUUUUCGGCAACGCCCCCGAGUUUACCAUCCCCGGCCGCACAUUCCCCGUCGACGUCAUGUUCCACCGCUCACCGGUCGAGGACUACGUCGACCAGACGGUGCAGCAGGUUCUCGCCAUUCACGUGUCUAUGGACCCCGGCGACAUUCUCGUCUUCAUGACGGGUCAGGAAGACAUUGAAAUCACGUGCGAGCUGAUACAGAAGCGACUCGACGCGCUGAACGACCCGCCCAAGUUGAGCAUCCUCCCCAUCUACAGCCAGAUGCCGGCCGACCUGCAGUCCAAGAUUUUCGACCGGGCCGAGGCGGGCGUGCGCAAGUGCGUGGUGGCGACCAACAUUGCCGAGACGAGUCUGACGGUAGACGGCAUCAAGUACGUCGUCGACGCGGGUUACAGCAAGAUGAAGGUGUACAACCCCAAGAUGGGCAUGGAUACGCUGCAGGUGACGCCUAUUUCGCAGGCCAACGCGUCGCAGCGGUCGGGCCGCGCGGGCCGCACCGGGCCGGGCAAGGCGUUUCGGCUCUUUACCGAAAAGGCCUUCAAGGACGAGCUAUACCUACAGACGAUCCCUGAGAUCCAGCGCACCAACCUCGCCAACACGGUGCUGAUGCUCAAGUCGCUCGGCGUGCGGGACCUGCUCGAGUUUGACUUUAUGGACCCGCCACCGCAGGACACCAUCUCGACGUCCAUGUUUGACCUGUGGGCGCUCGGCGCGCUCGACAACCUGGGCGAGCUGACGGAGAUGGGCCGCAAGAUGAGCGCGUACCCGAUGGACCCGUCGCUGGCCAAGCUGCUCAUCACGGCGGCGGAGCACGGCUGCAGCGAGGAGAUGAUUACCAUUGUGUCGAUGCUGUCGGUGCCCAACGUCUUCUACCGCCCCAAGGAGCGCCAGGACGAGGCCGACACGCAGCGCGAAAAGUUCUGGGUGCACGAGUCGGACCACCUGACGUACCUGCAGGUGUACCAGGCGUGGAAGUCCAACGGCUUCUCCGACGCGUGGUGCACCAAGCACUUUCUGCACUCCAAGUCGCUGCGGCGCGCCAAGGAGAUUCGCGAGCAGCUGCUGGACAUUGCGCGCAUGCAGAAGAUGGCGCUCGCCAGCUGCGGCAUGGACUGGGACAUGAUCCGCCGCUGCGUCUGCGCCGGCUACUACCACCAGGCCGCCAAGUACAAGGGCUCGGGCGAGUACGUCAACCUGCGGACCAACCUGCCGGUGCAGCUGCACCCGACGUCGGCGCUCUACGCCGGGCACCCGCCCGAUUACGUCGUCUACCACGAGCUGGUGCUGACGUCCAAGGUGUACGUGUCGACGGUGACGGCCGUGGACCCGCACUGGCUCGCCGACCUGGGCGGCGUCUUCUACUCGGUCAAGGAAAAGGGCUGGUCGGCCCGCGCCAAGCGCGUGACCGAGACCGAGUUUAACCGCAAGAUGGAGAUUGAGGCGCAAAUGGCCGAGGACCGCCGCCGCGAGGAGCGCCGCGUGCAGGACGAGACGGAGCGCGCGGCGGCGGUGAAGAAGAAGGUCGGCGCCGACGGCAAGAAGUUUGUGACGCAGGGCGCGGUCAAGAAGCCGGUGGUGAAGAGGAGGGGGCGAGGCUUCUAG